UUAUUUAUUUGGCGCAGAUCAAGACAGCUGGAGAGGCUGUCUAAUUUCCUUCUUAAUCAGUCCCCAUCCAAAUGCAACCAUAAGGUUCCCGGCGCAUCCGCCUCCUUCCCCCUCCUUUCGCUCCAACCUGUCCCGUUUUUUUACUUCUCUCCGCUCCCGGCCCUUCUCCAAUAUUUAUUUCCUUUACGUGAAGAGUAAAGGGGGUCCCCCCGUCGUGCAAUGCGGCAGCAUGGGCGCGUUUGACCGCGGCGUGCAGAUGCUGCUCAGCACUGUGGGCGCGUUCGCCGCGUUCAGCCUCAUGACCAUCGCAGUGGGCACGGACUACUGGCUGUACUCGCGCGGCGUCUGCAAGAUCAAGACCACCAAUGAGAACGAGACCAGCAAGAAGAACGAGGAGGUCAUGACCCACUCGGGCCUCUGGAGGACCUGCUGUCUGGAGGGAGCCUUCAAAGGACUGUGUAAACAGAUCGACCAUUUCCCCGAGGACGCCGAUUACGAAGCCGACGCCUCCGAGUACUUCCUACGUGCGGUGCGAGCGUCCAGCAUCUUCCCCAUCCUCAGCGUGAUCCUGCUCUUCAUGGGGGGUCUGUGCAUCGCCGCCAGCGAGUUCUACAAGUCCCGCCACAACAUCAUCCUCAGCUCCGGGAUCCUCUUCGUCUCCGCAGGUCUCAGUAACAUCAUCGGCAUGAUCGUUUACAUCUCAGCCAACGCCGGCGACCCCACCAAGAGCGACUCCAAGAAGAACAGCUACUCGUACGGCUGGAGCUUCUACUUCGGCGCUCUGUCCUUCAUCAUGGCCGAGAUGGUGGGCGUCCUGGCCGUGCACAUGUUCAUCGACCGGCACCGCCAGCUCCGCUCCGGCGCCAGGGUCGCCGACUACCUGCACGGCUCGGCCAUCACACGCAUCCCCGGCUACCGCUACCGCUACGGCCACCGCUCGCGCUCCAACUCGCACUCGCGCUCCUCCUCGCGCUCCACGGAGAACUCGCAGUCGCGCGAGGCCUCACCCGUCGGCCUCAAGGGCUUCGGCGCUCUCCCCUCCACCGACAUCUCCAUGUACGCGCUGAAGGGCGGCCACGGGACCCCCACGGCCACCUACGACUCAGAGAGGGACUUCCUGCAGGUCCACAACUGCAUCCAGAAAGAUCUGAAGGACGGAAACGCCGCCAACCGACGCACCACGCCCGUAUGAGGGGAGAAACGCCAGAGAGAAACGGGCGGGAGGAACCGAGCCCUAAAAUUCAGAUCAUACGUCAUGAGUUCGUUUUUUAUGAUCCAGAGGAGUUGGGAUGAUUUUAUUUAUUAAUUUAUUUUUAUUAUCGGUUUGCAUGAUUGUUUUACAGUUUUUAUUGUACGUUUAAGUCCGAACGAGUUCCUA